GUUUAAUUAAUUUUUAUUCUAAUUAACAAUCAGUUUAUUACUUCUCUCUGGUUAACUGUGAUCAUCAAAAAUACUCUCGUUUCAAUUAUGUUUCGUUUAAUUGUCGCUUCAAUUUUCUUCUCACUUGUGUCAACCUUUUCAACGCCAAUUCCAGCAAAUUACACAGUCUUUUGGUACCAACAGAAAGUUGAUCAUUUCAAUUACAACAAUAAUGACACUUAUCAACAGCGAGUGAUCAUCUCAACGGACCAUUGGUGUACCGAUGGUUGUCCCAUAUUUUUUUACGCGGGUAACGAAGGCGAUGUUUUCUCAUUUGCAAACAACACGGGAUUCAUGUGGGAAAAUGCACCGAGAUUUAAGGCCAUGGUCAUUUUUGCCGAACAUCGUUAUUAUGGUGAAUCCUUACCUUACGGUGAUAAAGCAUUUUCAAGUUUGGAUAAGGUUGGAUUCUUAUCGGUUGAACAAGCGUUAGCUGAUUUUGCUGAACUUAUUCAGGAAAUUAAAAGUUCUUACCCUGCAGCUCGUCAAAGUCCCGUUGUAAUGUUUGGUGGUUCCUAUGGUGGGAUGUUGGCUGCUUGGUUCAGGAUGAAAUAUCCUCAUCUAAUUGUUGGGGCAUUAGCUGCAUCAGCACCGAUCCUUCAAUUUCCUGGUUUAUAUGAGUGCAAUGGUUAUAAUAGUAUUGUCACCAAAAGUUUCCGUUCCUACUCUGAGCAAUGUUACCUUUCAAUCAAAAAUUCAUGGGAAGCGAUUGAUCGUAUUGGUGCCAAUGAAGAUGGUCUUAAGUGGCUAUCAAGCACCUUUGGGCUUUGUAAACCUUUGACCUCAGCCGAUGAUCUUACUGCCUUUUCUGGCUGGUUACAAGAUACUUUUGGCUCAUUAGCCAUGAUAGAUUAUCCUAAUCCAGCUGAUUUCUUGGAACCACUUCCAGCUUAUCCAAUUGGGGUUUUAUGCUCUAAAUUACAAGAUUCAACUAAACAAGAUAAACCCUUAAUUGUGGACAUUUUCAAUGCUGUUUCAGUUUAUUACAAUUACUCAGGACAAAGAUCAUGUUUUGAUUAUAAGGAUGAUUCAGAAGGAGGUCGAUUAGGUGGUAAUGGUUGGGGAUUCCAAUCAUGCACUGAAAUGGUUCUGCCAGUUUGUACAACUCUGAACGAUUCAAUGUUCCCCCUGCAACCCUGGGAUUUGGUCCAAGUGAAAGCUGAUUGUUUGAAAAACUUUGGUGUCUCACCGGAGGAAUUAAAAGCUCGAUGGUUAUUUGGAGGAACCAAUAUCUCAACUGCAUCUAAUAUCAUCUUCUCAAAUGGACAACGUGACCCCUGGUCAGCUGGAGGUGUAUUGCAAACCUAUGCUCCCUCCCUUCCGGCCAUUAUAAUUGAAGGAGCUUGUCAUCAUGAAGAUUUAAGGUCAACCGGACCAAAUGAUCCAAUCCCAUUGAUCCGAGCACGACAAAAGGAAAUCAUGAUAAUUAAGGAUUGGAUUGAUCAAUAUUAUCAAGCAAUUAACCAUUUACCAAAUGAAUGGGCCAGAGAUUCAAAUCUAAUUUAAUGAGGAAAAACAAAAACAAUCAAAUCUGUUUUCAAACUUUGUUAAAACUUUUAUCCUAUCAAACUUUAAUUACGUUGAUUAACAGUCACUUAUCAUAA